CAAGUCUACAGAUUUCUAUGUUAGUUCAAAACUAAAAGUGGGUAUCUCUGUUUAGAGGAUAAUCGACGCCCUAGAAGAAGAAAAGCGGUUCCUGACCAUGUCAAUCACGGAUUACCUGAAGGACUAUCAAGAACUACUGCAGGUGAAAGCAGGCCUCAUCCUUGAAAUUGAAACCUACAGAGCUUUGUUAGAAGGGGAGAGCAAGCAGUGGAUUCUUACAUGGAGAGAUCAGCACACAGGGAAAUUGCCUCAAGAUAUUAUAAACACUUCAUAUAACUACACUGAUAUUUACUCUACUUAUCAAGAAAGAAAUAGAAAUAAAGCUUCACCAGCUAUCAGGAUCACUGACACAAGGCGUAGAAUGCCAGUGACAAAUACUAGCAGUUCUGCACGAUAUUCAGCUCAAUCAACACAGGCUGGGUCACAGAAAACAGCUGGUGGAAGAGCUUUUGGGAGAGAUGUACUUGGUUCAAUAUAUCGCCCUUCAACAACUGUUACAAAGGAUGAAAGGAUUGCAACAGACCACAGAGAAUUAAGAACAUUUACUCCAGCCUACAGUAGCUGGAAAAACACUGAGAUGCAGCAAAAGACGAUUCCAGAAAGAAAGAAAACAGAAGUUACAACUUCAUCCACAGUAUCUUUUUCAAAACAAUCAGCACACGCUGAAAGAUCAGACAAGGACCAUAAGCCUGACACAAAGCCAGGGAUUUCUGAAAAUAUAAGAACAAAACCAAGCUUCACUAGAUUUCCCAUUUAUGAGCUGAAUACCAAUUUUAAACCAUCUAAAUACGAAGAAACCAUUACUGAAACUUGGACCACACUAGGAGAAAAAAGAGGAGGCAGCCAACCAACUGAAGAGAAAAAAUCUCUGCUGAAAGAAAAAGAUAAGCUAGAGAAACAAACAAAGGAGGAGAUAAAGAAAACAGAUGAGAAACCUUUUAUAGAAGAAAGAGGUGUUGAUUUUGGAAGGAAGACUGAGCAGAAGAAAUAUAUCCAUGAGGAAGUUAUUAACCAGAAGUUAACAGGGAGUGAUAUUUCUAAUGCAAGAACUUGGAAAAGUGAAUCAACCAAAAAAGAUACAAAUGUGACCACAGAAUCAAGAAGUAAAGGAGUCAUCGAGAUACCUAUCAGUCUUGAAAUGCCUGCUCCUGACAAAGAAUCUCGGAGUAAUAGAGAAAUAAGGUUACAAGGUUUUAAAACUUCCAUAGGAAGAGAAACAGAUGACCGUGUAACUAAGCCUGCUGAAAUUCACAGAGUGAAUAUUUCAGAAGCAGAAUCCACCCUGAAAGAUGAAGAGCGGAUUAGUGACAGAAGUCAGAAAAUGGGAACUUUGUCAACUGAAAAUAUAGCAGAGAAUAUUGUUGCUGACAUUCUUAAAAGUUUUACGCAGUCUUCUAGUUCACAAAUAUCAACAGACACAAAAGUGACCUAUUUUAAUAAGAAAGAACAACCAGAAGAUGGGAAGAUAAAGACUGAGUUCACAGUGCAAUCUCAAGUUCAAGAAAACAUAGAUGUUUCUGAUGAAGCUGAUGUGGGAGGUCUAUCAAACCAGGAUGUUAGAAAAGUGGUUCGAGAGAGUGUUGAGGGAACUCCUACCAAAGAGGAGAUAGAAGAUAUAGUACAACAUGGCCUGAAAGGGAGUGAGGGCAGAAAGAACAUGUCUGUUAAUGUUGAGAUUGUAGAGGAGCCACUAGAUUAUGCCACUGACGAAAGGACUGAUUUUUCAACACCUUUUGAAGUAGAGGAAGUGGAAGAUACGUUCCCUGAGAGAGAGAGGCGUUACGGCGAUGAGGAGGAACAAAACAUACCAUUCACCUAUGAAGAUGUUAAAAAGAAGAAACAACGCCAUGGGAGUUUCACUCAUGUGGAAGAAGUAACUGAGGAAGAUGACUCACCUAUUGAACAGAAAUAUUUUGUAUCUGUUCCUGAUGAUCAUCCUAUUAUUAAUGAAAAAGACGAUGAUUCAGUGUAUGGGCAAAUUCAUAUAGAAGAAGAAUCAACUAUUAAAUAUUCUUGGCAAGAUGAAUUUUUGCAAGGCACACAAAGAAAGAGAGAUGAAGGUGUAAGCUCUCCAGAAGAAACGUACAAAGUGGUAGGGGAGGAAGCAAGUGCCCAUAUAUUAAAAGAGCAUCCUGAAGCUGAAACAUCCCAUGUUGAAUCCAUUGUUAUUGAAAAAGAAAUUAAAAUUCCCCACGAAUUCCAGACUUCAAUAAAAGGGCUUUUAUCAAAGGAAACAAAGGACCCAAAACACCACUUGAAGGAAGCUUUGGAGAAGUUGGAGGGCAGUCUCCCAGAAAGUGUGAAAGACGAGCUGUCUGCGUUAACGAAAGAAAAUCAAGCUGACUCCAGUAGCGUAGAAUUUGAUAUCAAAAAAGUUGAUCAAACGGAGGAUGGUGGCUUGGUGACAAUUGUUGCUGAAGUCAAUCUGUCACAGACCCUUAAUACUGAUGAAUUUGAUGUAGCUCAGCUUGGUGAAGUAAUUGCAAGUGAGAAGGAGAAAGCAACAUUGCACUCCCUGAAAGAAGACAGCUUGCAGAGAGUUGUUGAUGGUAGAAGCAAUAUAGAAGUAGAUGUUUCUUCCCACAGUGAUAAAUACACUCCUUUGGCUGAACAAGAAAUUUAUAGCUUUUCCACAACGAGGAGGAGCGGUGGCACAGGGUAUCAUACCACUGAAAAAGUUACUUAUGACGGUUCGGUUUUGGAAACUGCAGAUUUUGAAGAAGUCUCUCACUCACCACAGUCAACUGAUGAGACCAAAUCCAUAAGGCAUAUUAAGGUUGGUCCAGCCCAAGUUCAGAGAUUUGAGCAGGUCGUAUAUGAAGGGCCUGGUUCUGAAAUGUUGGAGCUCAGUGCUACAGAAGAUCUUGUUCAGACAGAAGGGUCAUCGGAGUUUAGCCGAUCUGUGAAGCAUUUUAAACUGGGUCCUAAAGAAAUCCAAACCACAGAAGAAGUAAUUUAUACAGGCCCUAUUACUAAAACUGUAGAAGAGACUGAUUCCGGAAAUCUUUCCGAGAAGUUUUCAACAGAUUUCAACAGGUCCACAAGACAUGUCACAGUAGGAUCAAGGCAAGUGACUGAAGAAGUCUCUUUUGAAGGGCCUGUUUCAGACUCUCUGGAGCUCAAUAGCUCAGGUAACCUUUCGCAGACAGGAGGGUCUGUGGACGUCAGCAGAUCAAUAAGGCACUUUAGAUUAGGUCCAAAAGAGAUUCAUACUGAGCAAGUUAUCUUUGAAGGACCAAUCUCCAGUAAAGUGGAGGUCAGUGACACUAGAGACUUCUCACAGACAGAAAGUUCAGUCAGACGCAUUCAUUUGGGUCCCCAAGAGUUUAUGACAGCUGAAAAAAUCAUCUACCAGGGGCCCAUCUCUGAACACACAGAAAUCAGUGAACUGGAAGACCAGGCUCUUUCAGAAGGUUCAGUAAAGCAUGUUAGACUAGGUCAAGUGGGAGUUAAAACCACUGAAGAAAUCAUAUAUCAGGGAUCCCUUUCUGAAACUCCAGAGCUCAUUAACAAAGAAGGACAUCUUUCACAGAAUGAAGGAAGCUCAGAUAUCAAUAGAUCUUUCAGGCACAUUAAAAUAAGUCCUGUAGAAACUCAUGCUGAGCAAAUAAUCUUUACAAGACCUAUUUCUGAAACGCUGGAAGAUCUUUCACAAACAGAAGAGUCAUCUGAGAGCAGCAGGUCUGUAAAGCAUAUUAAAGUAGGAUCCAAGGAAACAUCUUUUACUUUUCAGAUGGAUGUUUCCAAUAUGGGUGGAAUAUCUACAGUAAAAAGUGGAGAACAGCAAGCAGCAAUGUUCAUAUCCAACAAGCAAGACCCUUCUGUUAGUCAGGCAGAGACUGUAGUUGAAAGUGACCACACUGUAGAAAAUGAAAAUAAAAGAAGAGGCUAUGUUCUCUCCAGUUUUUCUCAAGAUCAUGGUGAAAAGGUAGUGGAAAAGUCAUCUUUUGAUAAAACUGUACAGUUGCAAAGAAUGGUAGACCAAAGGUCAGUUAUUUCUGAUGAAAAGAAAGUCGCUCUUCUCUAUCUGGACCAUGAGGAGGAAGAUGAUGAUGAUGAUAAUGAUGGACAGUGGUUCUGAAAGGACUGUUUAAUGAAGUCCACUUAGUAAUUUGUUUAUACAUAUUUUUGAUUAUCCUUUUUUUUUUUAAAAGAGGAAAAAAGGGAUGGGGAAGCACUCAAACUAUUUAGAUUGUUAAUAGUGGACUGAGAAGUAUUGAAUCUAAGCCUCUACCUAUUCAGCACACUUUUUACUUUAUCGGAAAUUUUAUUUUUGGGAGAAAUCAUGCUAUUAAUAUGUUUUUCCUCGGAGACCUGUGUCCAUUAUUUCAGAUUUUUCCACCCAUAGACACAGGAAUUUGCUACUGGGGAAUUCAAAGGAUUAUAUUUUUUGUUUGUUUUAUAGCAGGUCAAUAAGUGUGUGCUUGAAUAGGACUUUUUAAAAAAAAACUAUUGUACUUGGUUACUAAAAUAUUCAGCAAUUCUAUUUAAAUCUCAAGCUACUAACCACGAAUAGAAUAUAAGACUAACGAGAGUGGUAGGUAGCUGAUUUUCAGUUCCAUUUCUGUGUACUUAUAUGCAACACCUAAUGAAAACAUUUUAAGAGACAGUUAUUACAGCUAUAAAAAAUAACUAAAUUCUGUAGGAUCAAACUAAGCAUCACAAGAACUGACAAAAAUGGCAUUAUUUGUAUAGCUAGAAUGCAGUGCAAACAAGAAAGAGGUAACACUGAAGCAAGAAUUUCUCACGCUAUUCCUAGUGAGAAAUAGUGAUUUUUAUGGUUAGAGAGUAGUGCAUUUAAUAUCUUUAAAAAGAAAACAAAUUUUAAAAGUAAGCUGGAAAGAAUUUCCACUGAAGUAAGGAGAACUCUUUAGAAUUUCAGUGGCUAUGUACAUUAAUAACAUCAACUUAUUUUGCAGUAUAUGGGUUACCUUGAUACUAGGUAUUGCUAAAGGUAAGUGUGAAGUGUCAGACAAUAUUACAUGAUGCCUAAUUUCGAAAGACAGUGAAAUUAGCAAAUAUGUGUUCUGCUCGGAAGAAAAUUUGUAAAAAUGGCAUUGAUGACACUUAUGAUCAUUGCGUGUCGAGUCACUUCCAGAUAAUACUUUCUUUGUUUACAAAUGAGAAGAUUGCCUUUUCAGUUACUAGCCUUGCAAACCCAACCUGAGAUUUGAAUUUUCCUUUUUUUUUUUUUUUUCUUCUUCUUCUUUUCUGAUUGUAACAUUUGCCUCAGGCCAAAGUUGGUUUCUACUUAAAUCAUUGGAAAAUAAGCUAAUUUCACUUGGAUUGCACAUUGGUUAAAUGAAGGACAUAAUUUAACUUUACAAUUAUAAUUCAGUGACUUCAAAGUCCAGAUCAGAAGCCAGCACCGCUAACUGUACAAAACUGUGCAGUGCGAGCAGAAGCAAAAAUAGCAGCCAAAAUAAUUUUGUCACUGGGGUAAGAAGAUACCAUACUGGACACAUAUGAGAAAUAAGAUGCACAAAUGAGAAGCUGCUAUUUUUACAUGCACACACCCGCACGCUCACUCUCUCACACCUUCCUUGCAGAGUAGAAACACACCCGCAUCCGGAUGGUUACGUUGUGCCAGUCCAGUGGGCGCUGACUCGGAAUUUGUUUUUUUUCCUGUGGUUAUGUAAGCAUGCAUAGUUUUGUGUGUGCUAAUCCAUAAUAGAAUCCAGUUAAACUAUCUUAGUCUGGCAUGGCUAGUCACUUUUCAGAUUCCUUAAUAUUAACAGAAGCUAGGUUUUUUCAAAACUGACUGCUACUUUAUAUAAUGAAUGUAAAUGCAGAGCUAAAGAGAAGCUCCAUGCUGACUGACAUAUCAUGCUGUUUCAGAUAUGGGACAGUGUAAUUGUUGUGUGCCUUAGUUACUAAGUUUGAAACUGUACAAAGCUUUAAUGUUCCAAAGAUUAACUCGUGGGGUUUCUCUGCACUGCAAAAUUUUGUGUACGUUUUCCUGAUUUUGUGUGAGUACCAGUGUACUCAGGAUCGGAUAUUUUUUUGAUCAUGUCCUAUGAAAUAAUUUGUUGAAAUUGAAAGUAUAACCAACAGCUGGAAAAUGAGUAGGAAACGGAGUUGUGUAGAAGCACUGAAGGCAUGUAUGCUAAGCUUAUUUAUACUGUUCACUGUGUAAGGGAUAAUAUUUUUUCAAAAUUACUCAUAUGUGAUCAAAAAAGAUCUUGUGCUUCCAUUUAUAAAUAGGGUGUUAUUAAUUGUAAUACUUCUAAUAUCAUACCAUACUUUUGUUUCUGUAGCUGACCCCAUGAUUUUUAAAGAUGGUAACAUCUCUGUGUUUAUUUUAAUAAUUGUGUAUAAGCCAGAAUUUUCCAGCUAGAUGCCUAACUGCAAGCAAUCAGAUUCUGUACUUCAAGUAUUAAAUAACUGCGUAAAAGACGUCAGGUCCAGAAUAAGCAGCAGAGUGAAAAAACAAUGAGUGAUAGUUUUCUUGAAGUUUUGUUCUAAGCUGAAACUUAAACAUUCUCUGUAAUACACAUACAAGAGUAUCUGCAGAAAAUGCAUUUUGUAGCCAACAAAAAGGUACUUACGAGGUCAAACCCAUUUAUUGACAUUUUGUGGAAUCUUUGACAGACAUGCUCCUUAGGAACAACUAUACCAGCACUCUGUUAGGUUUAUCCUCACCUGCUCCGAGGAUUAUAAUGUCAGAUGAAGUAAUAAACCAGUAAGGAGAAAGUUAAUCAUAAAAUGUAGAUGGCCCUAGCAUUAAUGGGGGCGGGAGGGGGGAAUCUGUAUUGUUUCCACUGAGGCAACAACAGCUUGAUAAAAAUUCCUUUACACAGCACUGUCAGAUGUAGUAGGUUAUAUUUCUAUUUCGAUUGUCUGUAGGGAUAUAUUUCUAUUUUGACUGU